AUGGGGCUCCCCCUUUUGCGGGUUCGUGGGAGAACGACCUCGAAAUGGAUGUGGGUUCGGCUGGCCUGCGCGAUCGGUUUCCAGCGGCUGCACCUGCUCCGCUGGCGCGUUCAUCAGCGGUUCGAGCUGGACAACGUCGUGGCCCCUCCCUCGCUUCCCAGUGCGCUCAGAGCGUUCGAGCGAGAUUUUCUCUCUCGGGCGGGUUUUGUGCCUGGGGUUCGAGAUUGGGAGGUGUGAUGACCGAGUUAAGUCCUUCCUUCCCAUUUUCCUCCCUUCCUUUCCGGUCAGAAGCUGACUGUCUUGAAACUUGUUGCGCAGUGGAAGGCUGCGCACCUCUCCCUCUCUCUACUUUGUGCAGUAGCGGUUUUCGUUCUUGGAUGGAUCGGCAAGCCGGGUCGAUCGUCGUUGCGUUGGAGGCUUUCCACUUCUCCUUUUAUUCCUAAGCCGUGUGUUGGAUUCCGUCGAAUAGAUCGUUCGUUCGCGUUGGUCAAGAUCUACGGCAUGGAUCGGGAAGAAAGGUCGCUCGUUUUUUUGGUCAAUAUCCUCGCGUCAAGGCGAGGCUCGUUUCGUUGUAUUGGAUCGUUUUCGCUCGGCCCCGACGGCUCAACAGCCAGCACUCGAGACUCAGCCAAGGGAGGACAUCAGGCGCUGUCGGGGUGACGAGUAG